AUGGUUACUUUUCUGUACCUGAAAUUCCUGGUAGUUUGGGCUCUUGUGCUGCUGGCCGAUUUUGUUUUGGAAUUCAGAUUUGAAUAUUUGUGGCCCUUCUGGCUUUUCAUCAGGAGUGUUUAUGAUUCCUUCAGAUACCAGGGAUUGGCCUUUUCAGUAUUUUUCGUUUGUGUAGCGUUCACAUCAAAUAUCAUAUGUCUACUCUUCAUACCAAUACAGUGGCUGUUCUUUGCUGCCAGUACAUAUGUUUGGGUACAGUAUGUCUGGCACACAGAGAGGGGCGUAUGUUUACCAACAGUAUCACUGUGGAUACUGUUUGUAUAUAUUGAAGCAGCAAUUAGAUUUAAAGAUCUUAAAAACUUCCAUGUAGACCUUUGUCGACCUUUUGCUGCACACUGUAUUGGCUAUCCUGUGGUGACAUUGGGCUUUGGCUUCAAAAGUUAUGUGAGCUAUAAAAUGCGAUUAAGAAAACAAAAGGAAGUGCAGAAAGAGAAUGAAUUUUACAUGCAACUUCUUCAGCAAGCUUUACCCCCUGAACAACAGAUGCUACAGAGACAGGAGAGAGAAGCAGAGGAAGCAGCCAAAGGAUUGUCCGAUAUGGAUUCCUCUAUGAUUUUGCAACACAAUGGUGGUAUUUCAACCAAUAAAAAAUUAUCUGCAACAUUGCCGGAACUAGAAUAUAGAGAAAAAGGGAAAGAGAAAGACAAGGAUGCGAAAAAACAUAACCUUGGAAUAAAUAACAAUAUUUUGCAACCUGUAGACUCUAAAAUACAGGAAAUUGAAUAUAUGGAGAACCAUAUCAGUAGUAAAAGAUUAAAUAAUGAUCUUGUGGGAAGUACAGAAAACCUCUUGAAGGAGGACUCAUGCACUGCCUCAUCCAAAAAUUACAAAAAUGCUAGUGGAGUUGUGAACGCCUCGCCUCGCAGCCACAGUGCAACUAAUGGGAGCAUCCCUUCCUCAUCGGCUAAGAAUGAGAAGAAACAGAAAUGCACUAGCAAGAGCCCAAGCACACAUAAAGACUUAAUGGAAAAUUGUAUUCCUAAUAACCAACUGAGCAAACCAGAUGCACUGGUAAGGUUGGAACAAGACAUUAAGAAGUUGAAGGCUGACCUGCAAGCAAGCAGGCAGAUUGAACAAGAGCUACGUAGUCAGAUCGGUUCGCUGACCAGCACAGAGCGGGGGAUCCGGUCGGAAAUUGGACAGCUCCGGCAAGAAAAUGAGCUGCUUCAGAAUAAAGGGGAAUGCACAGAAACUUUACGAAAUCGCAUCAGAGAUCUGGAGACAGAGUGCAAGAAGUUAACAAUUGACAUAAAGCUCAAAGAAGAUCAGAUACGAGAUCUAGAAAUGAAAGUCCAGGAGCUACGGAAAUACAAAGAGAACGAAAAGGAUACAGAAGUGUUAAUGUCAGCACUUUCAGCUAUGCAGGAUAAAACACAGCACUUAGAGAACAGCUUGAGUGCGGAGACAAGGAUCAAAUUGGACCUGUUCUCUGCAUUAGGAGAUGCAAAAAGACAGCUUGAGAUAGCCCAAGGGCAGAUAAUUCAGAAGGAUCAGGAAAUCAAGGACCUAAAACAGAAGAUAGCAGAAGUGAUGGCAGUAAUGCCCAGCAUAACGUACACUGCGGCCGCCAGCACCCUGAGUCCCGUUUCCCCACAUUACUCUUCCAAAUUUGUAGAAACCAGCCCUUCCGGACUUGAUCCCAAUGCCUCAGUUUAUCAACCCCUGAAGAAGUAAAUGCCAAUGUCCAGUUUGUCUGAUGGAAGGCAUCACACAGAAAAAUCUCUUGCAGUCAAGAUGAAAAUUUGUAUUGUGUGAGACUGUACUGAUUUAUUGUUUAAGAAAAAUAAAAAGAAAGAAGCAGGGUUGGGGGGGAAAGAACCCCAACACCACAGUUUGGCUAGAACUGCCCAUCAGUUUUUUCUUGUAAAUUUUUAGAAAACCUCACAGAACUUUACAGUUUUUUUCUUGGCCAAUGCAUUUAAGGGAAGAAGAACCCACAAAUCUUGGUUUGCACAUCGCAAGUUCUGCCUCUCUUCUUCUUCUUUUUUUAAAAUGUGUAUACUCUUGCAAGGUUUCCUCUUGAAAAAAAAAAUUAAAAUAUCAAGGAGCUCUGCUUGAUUACAAACCUUUUCUUUCUAAAAAUAUAAUGAAGCCAAAGUGGCAAAUUAAAAAUUUCAAAGAGGAAGAAUAAUAGAAAUUCUGUGGGUUACUUUUUUUUUAAGAGUGAAAGGGUUUGAAGUCAAGCAAAGCUUUGAUAAUGUCAGUAUAUUGCCAUGUAUCAGGAUAAUGAAGGAGAAAGAUGUGCAAAAAAUCAAAUUGUUUUCCCCUCUAAGGACCAAACAUAUAUUAAGAGGGUACGUGUUUAAGGGAAGACAGAAGUAAUGCAGAAAUGGGUAGACAGUAACAUAGCCUUAGCGGUUAUGUGAAAUGUUGGAUUCCCGUCAGGGAGUUGGUUCACUCGAGAACUGCCAGCAGUCUUGUUCAAUAGUGCCUUUGAGAAAAAGGAGGCGUUUCAAGAGGAAACUUGUUCUUAAAAAGAAUUUUCUCCCCCCUUUUGCUGUCAUCCAGCUUCUAACAUUGAACUCAUUUUACAGAGUCUACUGCAGAUCUUAAAAGAGAUAAUUUAGAUGCCCAUUGCAAUCCGAGCUUACAUAUCUUUGUAUUUGUCUGUUUGUUUGGAGUACAAAAUCCAACAGUGUUCACUAGAGAAAAAUACUCUGUAGAGGGCUCAGUAAUAACAGAGGGAGUGUUUUGGUGAAGGCAGAAUUGUGGAAUAUUUGUGCAAGGUACUGUGUACAAGAAACUGUCAAGCUGGCUCAUAAAGCGGCAGUUUGGAGGGCUGGUUUUCGUUUUGUUUUUUAGUCAACUGCAAUUACGCUUUAGCAUCAUCUUGUGUUCGACAAUUUAUUUUCAGUCAGGCUGACUAAAUCUCAGCCAUUGUGCCAAGGAGUUUUUUAGAAGAGUUUUUAGAAGAAACUCGUGAAAUUGCACAAGAUUUACGUUUAAAUGUAUAUUCUGCAUUGGUAGGAAAGUAUGUUGCACCGGCAACAUUUGGAAGUGUUUAAGGUUGGGGUGCGGGCGGGAAGGGGCAGUGGGGCAGGGAUCCAAAAUUGUAUUAGUAACUAGCAAAAUUACAAACGAAAACCAUUUUGAUUUUUGCAAACAUGCAGUAGACUCUGGGAGGGCAAGAUUCUUCUUUGAAAACAAGAACACUUUUUAAAGUUUCAUAUAAAUUGGCAAGUAAGCCUUGUUUAAAAAAAAUUAAGUAGGACAAGCAAGUCAAUAAAUAUAGGCAUAUUAAAGAUCCAUCAUUUUUAAUCAGAAAUUCUUUUGAGAAUUAAAAAAAAUCCUUCUAGCUUUAGCCAGGUGUGCAUGUUGCCGUCAUUUGGAUUUUUGAAUCAUCUUGUGUAAUUGUCACCAUGAAAGUGUUACUCAGAAAUGUCAUAGGUUCUCAUCUUUGUGCAAAACAUGGAUUAUUGUCACUGACUUUUUUUUGUGUUGAGGUUCCCCCAUUUUUUAUUUUUUAUUUUUAUUUUUUUGCUGCCUUUCAGGCACUACUUAUGUUGAAAUACUUGGUCUUGGCUGCAUUCUUCUUUUUUCUGUGGGGUUUACAAAAAAAAUUAAAAAAUAAACAUUUUCU